AUGGAAUCGCGCGAUCUCAGUGACCUGUGGAAACUGCCGGCCGGGCCUCCACCCCCAGGCGUCAAGUCCAACUUCGUGGAUCCUCCAAGCUUGGCCAUGCCGAUAGUUAUUGUGAAUGCGAUCUCGCUAGGCCUUAUGAUGGUUGCGGUAAUAGCCAGGUUCAUCGCAAAGAGCCGGUAUUCUCAGUUGCGGUGGGAUUUAUCAGAUGAUACGACGGUCAACUACGGGAGACACAUGUGGGAUAUUCCAGCCCUAAGUCUCACAAUGACCAGGACCAAACAAUAUGCUGCCGUUGACAUCAUCUAUAUCCUGACGAGCUUCUUCAUCAAGAUCUCAAUCCUUCUGCUGCUCAACCAGCUGUUCCAUAUCAUAAGGGAGCUUCGUCGGUUGAUUUACAUCGGCAUAGUGGUUAUAUCGAUCGUAACUGUUCCCUAUCUGACGGUAUCUAUCAUCCGCGUGUCAAGAUGUAACGGCGUCAAGGCCCUGGGCAUCAAGAUAUGCAGCAACAAGGUAGUGAGCACGACAAAUCUUUUCUUCGGACUAUGGAAUGUCCUUAGCGAUUUCUAUAUCCUUGCAAUUCCCAUCAGCCAGAUCAAGGGCUUGAAAAUGCCGUACAAGAGGAAGAUAGGAGUCAUGACUCUCUUCCUUGCUGGAUUCAUUGCCUGUUCGAUGAGUAUUGUUCGACUGGUUAUCAUUAUAGCCAAGUUCAACAAGAAAGAUCCGAUAUACACGGGUGCCUCUCUAUCACCGUACAGUGCCGUGGAGAUGAAGCUGGCGAUAAUUUGCAGCUGCGUGAUAUUUUUCCCAGCGUUCUUCCGGCAGAGAAAGAAACAAGGCUUAGCAACGCAAGGAAGCUCGUUCUGA